AUGGCUGACUUACAAACAUACCGUGGCAAUUGUCACUGUGGGCGCUUUCGUUUCACUUUGACAGUGCCCGAAAUUCAAAGUGCAAUACGUUGUUCCUGUGGUCUUUGCGAAAAGAAAGGCUAUCUCUGGCUUGUGCCCCCAAAGGGCAGUUUCCAGGUGACCAAGGAUGAUGAGAACCUAAGCCACUACUAUUGCAAAUCUCUCCAUGACCAGUUUUGCAACUACUGCGGCACAGGAGUGGUUGGUGAACAUCUGACUGGACCACUGAGUGGCCAGCUUGCUGUGAAUGUGCGGGCGAUCCAAGGGGUGAAUCCUUUCAAAAUUCAGUACGAUAACCUUUUCCCAUUCCACUCCUGCAGGGUGACCACCAGCCACGCAGAGGAAGAUAAACAGCAGACGCGAAACCCCAGUCGUUCCGAACCGCAAGCACAGCAUUUGUUCUCAUGCCACUGUGCGGCCGUCCAGGCGGAGCUUUUCACCCCUCUACAGGAGCAAGAGGUGAAAGAAGACAACUGUAGCUCAUGUGUCAGAAAUGCAUAUAUAGGAGUUUAUCCUACCAAGGAUCAAGUCAAACUCCGCGGCAUGGAAGAUACCUUUGAGUACAAGAAGGCACCCGGGUACAGUGGCAUCUCUCACUGCAAGACCUGUGGCGUCAUGGUUUUCUCGAAUAUCUAUGGACCACCCAUUAGCAUCUUCGACAAACUCCCUGCUGAGCGAAAGGAGCUAGCCCUGGCCGUCUACCAUAAGAACUUGAAUCUGAAGCCACUCAAUGUAAGGACUGUAGAGGGUCUUGAUUUGGGUUCUAUUACUAUCGAAAGGACGGAUGAAGGGACUGAUGGAUAUGCGCUCGAUGAAUAG